AUGAAAAUACCAGAAAAGAGUAGUUUUCUUGUGUACUCAUUGAGUAUUUUCUUUUGCUACUUUCUAUUCGGAAUUGUGCAGGAGAAAAUCACACGGGGCCGUUAUGGUAAUGAACCUAAUGAAGAUGGUAAAGUAGGUGAGCGCUUCACAUAUGUUCUGGCUUUAGUGUGGGUGCAAUGUUUUUGUAAUUUCAUUUUUGCCAAAGGUAUGUUAUGGGCCAAAAAAACAAAAAAAGAGGAUCAAACACACUCGGGUUACUAUGCUGUCUCUGCGCUCACCUACUUAUUAGCUAUGAUAUCGUCUAAUAUGGCACUGCGUUGGGUGCCGUACCCCACACAGGUGGUAGGCAAAUCAGCCAAACCGAUUCCAGUAAUGAUAUUAGGUGUUUUAAUUGGACGCAAAUCCUAUUCCUGGGUGCGUUACGCUUGUGUUAUAACUAUAGUUGUGGGUGUAGUGCUUUUUAUGUAUAAAGAAAGCCAAAUUGCACAUUUACCAAAAGAAACUACGGGUUUGGGAGAACUUCUGUUAUUUCUGAGUUUGGCUAUGGAUGGAUUAACCGGUGCAGUGCAGGAGAGAAUGCGUGCAUCGAGCGCACCAUCUGGACAGCAAAUGAUGUUUGCUAUGAAUUUUUGGAGCACCAUUAUGCUAAGUUUUGCUACAAUUUUGACAGGUGAAGCUAAGGAAUUCGUCCAUUUCGCUACACGUCAUCCGGAACUGUGGAGUCAUUUAGCAAUGCUUGCAUUAUGUGGUGCUAUAGGUCAAUUAUUUAUCUUUCUUAUGGUUGCCAAAUUCGGACCACUCGCCUGUUCUGUGGUGACGACAACGCGUAAAUUCUUCACCGUGUUAUGUUCGGUAUUGUUCUUUGGCAAUGUGUUGAUACCGCGACAGUGGUUUGGAGCAUUGUUGGUAUUUGCAGCACUGUUCUUUGAUAUGUUCUAUGGCAAGGGAAAUGAGAAGAAAACUGCAGCUGCAAAGAAAGCUGAAGGAGAUCUUGCGGAUGACAAGAAAAAGUUGAUAUCAUAGGAUUUAGAUGAAAUAGUUUAGAUUAUAUAAAAUUUUAUAUAUUAUUUUUAAAUUUCUAGAUACAUAUAUCAAUGAUAUAUUUAAACAUUUAA